CCCCAACUAUGAAUUUUCCUAUUUGCUUCAUCACCCUAUAAAUUUCCAUGACGAUUCACUUAGGUUAAUUCAUCACAUACAAUAGAAUAUCUUAACUAAAACAAGAAAAAUGUCUGCAGCCAAGAAGAACAUGGUGUUCCUCAGGCUUUUCAUUGGAAAGCUACAAAAGGGUCUCUCAUCCUUCUCCAGUAAAGAAACUGAGCAUCACCAUAAAGAUGUGAAAGCUACAUUAAUGGUGCCAGAUGAUGUAAAGGAAGGACAAUUCGCUGUUUUGGCCAUAAAAGGUGACGAGAUUAGAAGGUUUGUUUUAGAAUUGAGCUUCCUUAAUAACCCUGCUUUUGUAAAGUUGCUGAAGCUGGCUGAGGAGGAAUUUGGAUUCCGUCAUAAGGGUGCUCUUGCUGUUCCUUGCCGGCCUGAGGAGUUGCAGAAAAUCCUUGGGGCCGGAGGAAGGAGGGAGAUGAUUGAUUAUUGUGCUCAAGAAUGGACUACAGAUGUUUAUUAGGAUUCUUUUUUUUUUUUCGUUAUUCUAUAAUUAAUUAAUUUCUUGAUGGUUUAUUA